UCUAGUAGCCUGGUGGCGUUUCGCCAGUGAUUGCAACAACCACAAGCAGCCUCGUUAGCCGACAGCCCACAGUUGUGGAGAGAAUUCCUCCUUCUAUCUUACCCAAAUAAUAAUUGUCUGGGCUACACGUGGGAGCAAUUUUUCAAUUAAAAGUAAUUGCUGGGGGGCGUUUGUUGUUGAUUUUGAGAUACGACGAGGAGUGGGAGAGACGUCCGCCUGGUUGAUUUUAGAGUUUUCUUUGCUCGAAGUCUUUUUUUUUACAUCCAACACACCUCAUAAAUACCCAGAUGAUCAAACCCGCACGGCAACUGAAGCCAGCGACUUGGAGUUGGUGGGUGGUGGUUCAGCGCUGUUAAGGGCAAUGUCGGUGUCCCCGUGUCACCACGCGUGGCUCCUCCUGCUCUUGCUGGGGACACCCGUGGCCUCCAGCGGGCAGGUUUUAGGAGAUGGAUCGGAGAGUCGCUGUGUAGCCGGCGUUAACGGCUUUCCCGGGGUCCCUGGGACGCCAGGAUUGCCCGGGAGAGAUGGGAGAGAUGGGAUUCCGGGAGCCCAGGCCCUCAAAGGAGACAUGGGGAACCCGGGAAUCAAAGGUAGCCAUGGAGAACCAGGUGGCAGUGGAAUUUCGGGGAUGAAGGGUGAACCCGGUCAAAAGGGAGAUAUGGGAACCCAAGGUGUGAAAGGUGAACGAGGAUUUCUAGGCCAGCCGGGUAAGAUGGGGCCGCUGGGUCUCACAGGGCCCAUGGGUCCGGAGGGGCCCCCGGGACAAAAGGGGUCGAGGGGAGAGGGGACGGAAGCUCCACGGUCAGUCUUCAGCGUCAAGGUCACGGCCUCCAAUGUGCAGGCACUGUCCAAGGUCCCGGUGAGUUGACGGGGGGUCUGUGUGUGCGCCUGAAACGUCGGUCAAACCAAACUACCAUUCGCCGAAAAAGGCUAAUGGUAGAAAAGGCAAUGCAAGUACAGGGGGUUCCGAGACCUACGUCGCCCCGAUAUUGUACGCCGUUUCGCGCUAAUGUCGCUGACUCUUUUGAGGAAUCCGAUGUCAAAUUUUCCCUACUCAGACAUGCGUCGUUAUGGCGUUAUCGUACGGUACAACUCGUAAACUCUACAACUCA